UGUUCUGCGUGGAAACGGGUCGUCCAGCUCGCCGCACACAGCCGCGUCUGUCAGAGAGAAAGACGGGGAGCAAAAACACAGAGAGAAACCCAGCGAGGGGCGUCCACACCUGCUGCACUGUCAAGAGACGCAUUCACACUCUGAAUAAGGAACUAUGUCAAAGGGACCAGCUGUUGGCAUCGACCUGGGCACCACCUACUCCUGUGUAGGGGUGUUUCAGCAUGGCAAAGUGGAGAUCAUCGCCAAUGACCAGGGUAACAGGACCACACCCAGCUAUGUUGCUUUCACAGACACAGAGAGGCUGAUUGGGGAUGCAGCCAAGAAUCAAGUGGCCAUGAACCCUGCCAACACAGUCUUUGAUGCAAAGCGUCUGAUUGGACGGCGGUUUGAUGACAGCGUUGUCCAGUCAGACAUGAAGCAUUGGCCAUUCACAGUCAUUAAUGAUUCGUCACGGCCCAAAGUACAAGUGGAGUACAAGGGAGAGACCAAGGCCUUCUACCCAGAGGAGAUCUCCUCCAUGGUGCUGGUCAAAAUGAAGGAGAUUGCUGAGGCCUACCUGGGCAAGUCGGUGACCAAUGCUGUUGUGACUGUGCCUGCCUACUUCAAUGACUCCCAGCGUCAGGCCACUAAAGAUGCAGGGACUAUCUCUGGGCUUAAUGUCCUGCGCAUCAUCAACGAGCCAACGGCUGCUGCCAUUGCUUAUGGCUUAGACAAAAAGGUCGGAUCUGAGAGAAAUGUCCUUAUCUUUGAUCUUGGCGGCGGCACAUUUGAUGUCUCCAUCCUGACCAUCGAAGACGGAAUCUUUGAGGUGAAGUCCACCGCAGGAGAUACACACUUGGGUGGAGAAGACUUUGACAACCGCAUGGUCAACCACUUCAUCUCAGAGUUCAAACGCAAGUACAAGAAAGACAUCAGUGACAACAAGAGAGCUGUGCGUCGUCUUCGCACAGCUUGUGAGAGGGCCAAGCGCACCUUGUCCUCCAGCACUCAGGCCAGCAUUGAGAUUGAUUCUCUGUACGAGGGCAUUGAUUUCUACACCUCCAUAACCAGGGCUCGAUUUGAGGAGCUAAAUGCAGACCUGUUCCGUGGCACCCUGGACCCCGUGGAAAAAUCUCUCCGUGAUGCAAAGUUGGACAAGGCCCAGAUCCAUGACAUUGUUCUGGUGGGGGGCUCCACUCGUAUCCCCAAAAUCCAGAAGUUACUGCAGGACUUCUUCAACGGCAAAGAGCUUAAUAAGAGCAUUAACCCUGAUGAAGCUGUGGCCUAUGGUGCAGCUGUGCAGGCAGCCAUCUUGGCAGGUGACAAGUCCGAGAAUGUGCAGGACCUGCUCCUGCUGGAUGUCACCCCCUUGUCUUUGGGCAUCGAGACUGCUGGAGGAGUCAUGACUGUGCUCAUCAAAAGGAACACCACCAUCCCCACCAAACAGACCCAGACUUUCACUACCUAUUCAGACAAUCAGCCUGGUGUGCUCAUCCAGGUGUAUGAGGGUGAAAGAGCCAUGACCAAAGACAACAACCUUCUGGGGAAGUUUGAGCUGACUGGAAUCCCCCCAGCCCCCCGAGGUGUUCCUCAGAUUGAGGUGACCUUUGAUAUUGACGCUAAUGGUAUCAUGAAUGUGUCUGCAGUCGACAAGAGCACCGGCAAGGAGAACAAGAUCACAAUCACGAAUGACAAAGGUCGCUUGAGCAAGGAGGACAUUGAACGCAUGGUUCAGGAAGCUGAGAGGUACAAGGCCGAGGACGAUGUACAGAGAGAGAAGGUGUCUGCCAAGAAUUCCCUGGAGUCUUAUGCCUUCAAUAUGAAGUCCACAGUGGAGGAUGAGAAGUUGAAGGGCAAAAUCAGUGAUGAGGACAAACAGAAGAUCCUGGACAAGUGCAACGAGGUCAUCAGCUGGCUGGAUAAAAACCAGACUGCAGAAAAGGAUGAGUUUGAUCACCAGCAGAAGGAGCUGGAGAAGGUGUGUAACCCCAUCAUUACAAAGCUGUACCAGAGUGCAGGGGGAAUGCCGGAGGGGAUGCCAGGCGGCUUCCCAGGCGCUGGUUCUGCUCCUGGAGGAGGAUCUUCUGGUCCCACUAUCGAGGAGGUUGACUAAACUGCAACAUUCCACAAAUUUGCCCUCUUGCCUAUUUGGUUGUUAGUGUGAAGGGUGAUCACCUUGAUAACAGCACUGGUUUAUCUAAAUGUUAUAUUCCAAAACAUUAACUACUUGUUUUAUGGGAUUAUCACAUUUGCAUAUGCUAUGCUAAGCGCAGCACUUUUCAACUGUGGUUUUCAGUGAGCAUUCUCUGCUACGGCUCUAUUGUGUUCAGUUAAACCAGUUAAUGUCUACAGUACAUAACCGCAGCAUGUUGUUUUUUGUUACUUCUCUCUGUGGAGCUGAAAUGGUUGCUAUUGUUCCACAGUUUGCAAAUUGACACUAAAAUAAAAAUUCUUUUUGAAA